ACAAUGCUGCUUCUAAAUUUUAUAUUUGUUUGCAUGCUGAAGAAUUCUUGUCUGACUAUGAGAAUACUGAUAUUUCUGAAUCUUCUCAUGAUACAGAUGCUGGUGUUCACAUCAAUUCAACUGAAGAGAAGAGGGAGGGUAACAGUGGUCCACUGGCUAUGCAUGGGAAGGAGAAAAUGUUUAGUUGCCAAAAAAUUGACGAUAAGCAUUUUACAAGCAUAACAACAGAGACUGAAAUUAAUUAUGUCAACAAAAGUGCUAAGGAUGACCUGAAAUCUGGGGGUUACAACAUUCGCCCUGGGCUGGCAGAUGCCACAAAUGAUGUAAUGAAGAAAAGGAUUUCUGAAGGGCAUGUUCCAUCUGGAAAUGAGAAAAGAUAUGACCUUACUGAUGAUAUGAGAGGGACUUUAACUUUGGUAAGAAGCACCGAAAGUGGCUUAACCUCACAUUUGGAUGAGAAAGCACGUGUCAUCAACAAUAACUUGAAUCUUGUUUCAACUAAAACAAAGGAUGAUCAUGAAGUUAUUGUGGGCGGUCAAUAUAGGGAUAAAGACCCAACAAUCUGCUUUGCAAGCAAAGAUGAUGGUAAGAGACCUCCACAGCAGAAAGAGAUCGAAAUUGGGCUGCUGACUUUAGAUGUAAGUGAGCAAAUCUUUGGUUACUAUAAUAAUGCGGAUAAGGGUUCUCAUGGGCCUAUUGGGGUGUCUGAACUGGAGAAGGUCCAAAGUUCAAGUGGGUUGUGUCAAGCUGUUGGCAGGAAUGACAAUGGAUUAGAAGCUGAUACUGUUGCUGAGCAGCAAAGAACUAAAGGUUGUCUUUUUGUUCCAAAUGUGAAUGAUCAAGCAUAUACUUGCAAUUUAAAGGAGCUUAGGCAGGAUAGGGGUCAAAGCAGUGUUCCUCAACCAUUGUAUAAUAAGCAAAGAAGUAAUGUAACUGAUCUGAAUGUAAGUUAUUUGGUUGACAGCACUCACACCAAAUCAGAUGCAGGCAUCAUGACAGGCACUGGGCAGAAAAGUUGUUCCUAUCUUCUUUCUGGUAUUGAGCAGAAAUCUGCUAGUAAAAAUAAUGUUCCUGGGGUUGGCAGUGGCAGUGUUCAUGAACCAAAGCAAAAGAAAAGUUCUUUAGAGAACUUAUUUGGUGUCUCUGCUAGUGAACAAACAUAUGUCAAAAAUAAUUUGAACGUUUCUUAUGCAGGCACAGUACAAGAGGGGCCAGGGUUAGAAGGUUUCAAAAAUGCAAAGAACAAUGAAAUUAUGAUUGGUUUUGGUAAUCAUGCCUGUCCAAGUGAUGAUGCUAUAACUGAAUAUAUUUGGAAAACUGAUGAUGAAAAUGGUCUGCUGGCUGAUUUGGCUGAGACUUCGUCUCAACUUUUGCAUCCUCUUCAUUACCCCCCAUUUGAUGUGAGGGCAAAUAAGGGCGAAAGUGAAUUGUUUAAUGUCAAUGAGAAGUUCAACAGUACAUCAGGUUUUCAAGAGCUGAGACCAGGCUGCAUUGAACAUAUGGAAUACAAUUUUCUAACUGCUCAAACAAGCUCUAAUUCACAGGACUCCAAGGUGUCAUCAUAUGAUUCACAUAUGGCCCUUGGGUUUGAUUCCUCUCUUUGGUUUGAGAAGGAAGCCUUGCCUUUGUUGCCAAAGGUGGCUGGCAGAAAUCCGGUUACUUCCUAUUGUUCCUGGUGCGGAAAUGAGUUUCGUAGUGAAGGUUUUGACAGUGAGGCAGAUAAAGGCUUGGUGGUUCCUCUCUGUCCUAACUGCAGAAACAGGCCGUCUACAAACCACAACUUUUUCUAGAAUGGUUUCUCCAUUAAACCCCAGCUUUAUGAGGGAAUGCUUUUCACUUGCCUGAUUUCUGUUGAGGAUUGAUAUCUGAUGUGAGAGAGUUGCAGAUACCAUAUGGAAGGAAGAAUCAAUGGCCUCAGCAGCUUGUAUGCUUAUUGCUAGGUUAUCCUUUGCACGAGACGGAUUUUGCUCUUCCAAAUUCUGAUUGGCACUUCAUAACUAGACCCACUUUGGUUGAAAUGAUUGUGUCUUCAGACAGAAAUCUGACUAUUAUAAAGGGUUUUCUUCUGGGGUACUCUUUAUCUCAAUUAUGUGAAUGAAACUAAUGGCACUAUGCACUGACUUGGCCAUUAACUGGAAUGAUGUACUUAGCUUCUAUAACUCCCUCUCCUUUUUUUAACUUCACUUCUUUAAGUCUGUUAAGUUUUCCUCAACCGUAUGAUUCCUGAUGUAAUUCACUGUUGUUUUUUCAAGUCGUAAGAUCGUAAACUAACGGCCGAGAAAUUAUGAAACCAUAGCUCUCAUGAAUUCCUUUUGGUGCCUGCAAACGUUUGAGAAAAGAUUUUUAGCCAUUGCAGAGUAACACUCCUUUUACUCAUAAUUUGAAGAAAGAAAGAAAAUGCGAAGGGAUUCUUUAUUCUUGUGGCUGGAUUAUGUUUAAAAUGUUUAUUUGAUUUGGGUAUUUUAUUUGCAAUCACUUGUACAAAAGUUGAUUCUAAGAAACAUUAUGCUUGUCU